AGUUUCAAAUUUGCUGCAUCGGUUUAUCCUCUCACGCUUGUUCAGUUUUUAAUCUCUCAAGAUUAUCUCAUCGCUAUAUCAACAGCCUCGUCAACUGCACUGCGAGUACGAUUCAUCGGAAACCAGCAGGUGGGAUUAAGCAUCAACACCUAACCAAAUAGAAUUGGCCAGAAAUGGAGGUGUCAAGAGUUUUCGAAUGUAUGGAUGACCUACUACAUAUCUCAUGGACCGACUAUGCUCCUGCGGAGUGGUUCGACUCUCAGUUUGAAGAAAGAAUGACGGAGUGGAUGAAGGAGCACCCGGUGAUAUGGAAUGGAGGAAUCGGACCGGCAGCUUCAUUCUUGCCGACCCUGACCAGGCUUCUAUUCAAGCACACCAAGGACGGAUAUGGGUCCUACAACCAUGUAAUAACUGCAAGGCUGUCACCUAUGGCUGCGAUAGAAGGCAGGAUCGCCUGCUAUCGGCGGGUGGCAUUGGAUGUACUCAUGGCAACGGCAAGAAGUCUCAACCUUGACGACGACGACCUUAAGGAGGUCAAUCAACUUGCUGCGGAAGAGAGCUACUACGGCUACGGCAUGGUCUCUGAUAUACUGGUGCAAAAGGCUUUCGGAGUGGAUUACCACCAUUGGAGUCAUGUACAACGGUUGUUAUUUGGAGUACUCCUUCCCCGUAGCAACAUUCGGUCCCGGAUACCUGGAAUGAUAAGGGAAAUGUUGCAGGGGAAGAGGCGUCUUCUGCUUGUUGAAAACCUGCAGGUCCCUGUUCCAAUGGAUGUGUUGUUUCUCAGUACAGAAUCUAUGCCAACAGCAUUCUUGUGGCCAAAUGGGUGGGUCAUCUCAACUACUUCCAAGGAUGUCUGCAACCAAAGCAGAGAACAUGGGCUUUCAUAUGAUUCUAGAUGGGGUCUGGAAUAUUACCAUACCCUUCAUUUUGAUGAUCUCCGAGGGCAAGAUUGGAUCACAUUGAUUAAAGAGGCCUUACAGGAUGCAGCCGGAUCAAUCCAUAGCAUGCUGAUCCAUGAGCAACAGGAAGACAAGUUUUGGCUCCACGUAGCUCAGAAGUGCCUGUAUUACGGCAUCCUCUACUGUCCAAUGCAAGGAGCUGCUGCUAGACAUGACAUAACCUCCGAUGAGCUGGUUCGCUGCUGGGUGGCUGAGGACCUGCUUUCUCCACAGGUGACCACCGGCAGAAACUACAGGUCUGCGUUAGAAGCAGGGAAAAUUGUAAUUCAAGCCUUGCAAGAAUAUUCGUUGCUGCCAAACCCGCCGUCAAACACUUGUUCAAGGGAGGAAGCUAGCUCCGGAUGGAGUGGUCCCUGGAGUUCAUGGUGGAGUUCACUGAAGUUCACUGCCAAACCCGCCGUCAAACACUUGUCCACUGGAGUUUCAGUGCUAGCAAUGGGUGUUCCGCGACUCAAGGAGGAGGAACUUUUCGAUCAUUGGUGGAGUAACAGACUGAGAUGGGUCUCAUUUAUGAAUGAUGAUGGUAGGCAUGUAAGUUGGGAUUGGAGGGAGAAUUGGCCGGUUAGUGCUAACUGGGACCGGAGCUUUCCAGGGGAAAGGAUUAGCACCCUUAUCCUAAGAGGUUGCUCAAACAUAUCAAGCUUUCCUUUUGAUAGAGUGUUAGACCACCACCUGCAUGUUCUUGAUCUGUCCUAUACACCCAUAAAUUCACUUCCACCAUCUCUCUCACGGCUAUCCAAUCUUCGCUUGUUCUCACUCAGAGGCUGCUCCAAGCUAGAGACUUUGUCUUCACCACAACAUACUUGUGAGGAAGAAACUCGACCUCUAUCCUAUUUGGGAAGCCUCGAAACCCUUGAUAUGAACGGGGUUCCCUUGCUCGAGCUAACCCAACAAGAUUGCAGCAACAAGAGCAAUCUGCACUUCCUUGAUCUGUCAGGUUCGAGAAUCACCAUUCUGCCUUCUGAAUUCUUCUCUGAAAUGUCAAGUCUUGAGGAGCUAAUGCUUGGUAAUCUCAAAGAACUGCCUCCCUCCCUGCCCCAACUGUCCAAUCUAUUGAUCCUUCAUCUGGAGGGGACUCAGAUUAUUUCUUUUCCAGAGGAUACAUUUGAAGCAAUGCAAAGGCUUCAUACACUCAAGCUCAUUGACAACAUGGCCCUCAUGUCACUCCCAACGUCACUAUCUAAAGCCAAUGGCCUCAGAGAGCUGCAUAUUAAUAAUUGCAAAAGAUUAAGGCUUCAAUUUCUCUGGGAACUAGUACCAGGCCUUGAAGAUCUUUACAUACAAACAUGGGAGGCCUUGGAAGAUAUCAAAAUCCAUGGGCACCCUAAUCUGAGAACCUUCUCAGUCUUUGGACCGUGGAUUAGGUGUCUGUCCUUGCGUGGGUGCAGCAAGCUCAAGAUUGUCAACGUCAGUGACGAUCUUACGGCCUUGGAGGAUGUUGAUCUUUCUGGAACAGCUAUUGAGGAGGUCCCUCAUAGCCUUCCAAAUCUGCCCCAACUCAGGAGGCUACUCCUUCUGAAUGUCCCUUGUUUUAAGAGAUUUCCUUGGCAUCGGUUGGUCCGUUUUCCGAAGGUUUUCUGUUUGGAUAACUGUUCAGAUGAUCACCUUUCGCAGAAGGAAACUGACAAUAUUGCUCAAAUCAAUAUAAAUGAUUCCAGGAUCUUUCAUAGCUUCAAUGAGGAUGCUGCCAACAAGUUAGUCAAGGAAGGACAGUUUUUUCAGUCUUUCAAUGUCCAGAUAAAACCUUGCAGCGUGAGAGGUAAGGAGCCACGGGACAAACCAUGUACUGUGAUUCAAAGACAAUUACCUUAUCUUGAUGUCAGUUGUUCUGAGGCUGCCACCAUUGUGCCCAUGAUGAAACUUCAGCCAAGAAGGCGCCAUUUUGAGAUAUCUACAAUGAAUCAGCACCCAAAUGGCUUAAGGAUUCUCUCUGUCACAAACUCACUAUUCAUUACAGACGAUGCUUCUAUCAGAUGCGUCAGUGACCUUAAUUGUAAUCUCAUGUCGCUAGAAGUAUGCCAGCUCCAACACUGCCACAAAAUGUCUGUUGUAUUCGGAAUGCAGUCUGAUCAGGCUUACGUAUGGGCUAAGGGUGGGCACGGGGCCAAUGUCUGGUCUAUCAGAGUGAUUUUAGUAUUUCCAGCCCUGGAGAUAUUGCAGGCCUCCAAUCUUAAUAACCUAGUAUGUUUUUUGGAGACCAGCGCUUUGGCAUAUAUUGAGCGCCGGCGCUGGAGCUGGACUGUGGAGCUGAAGCUGCUAAAACACAUUCACCUUGAGCACUGCCCUCGUCUAGAGAAAAUUUUCCCAUCCUGUUUGUCAUUACCUGCACUGGAAACUCUGGUCAUUCUCUUCUGCCCCAGCCUCAAGACAAUUUUCUACAAAAAAUAUGAAUAUGAGCUGGUAGCACGUUGUCCUCUUCCAAAUAUUGAAAGCAUCUACUUUCAGGAGCUACCACAACUGCAGCACAUCCAUGAGGAUGCCAUGUUCCGUUUAGCAACACCAAAGUGGGAGACUCUCUUUGUCCGUGGCUGCCAAUCACUUCGUCGCCUCCCAUUCCUGAGGGAACAUCCAAUGUCCAACGUGAAGGUCAGCGGAGAGCGUGACUGGUGGGACAGGCUGCAGCUGAGCCUGCCAGAGCAAGGCAAAUACUACCUGCAGGUUCCUCCACCACCGGAGUUCGCAUCCCGCAAGAAAAAAGUCAUCAUCAAAAGCUACCUUCGGUGAGUCUCUAUUUGCAGCAUGAGUGUGUCCUGCACUCUGUGCAAGUGUGUUGUGUGUUUCUUGUAAUAAUAAUAUUGCUUUCCAAAGGGACAUCAGACAUGUAAUGUUUGUGGGGGUUUGCUGUUUGUUUGGAUUUUGUUUUGUCCAUUCAACUACGAUCGUUGUGCUUUUAUGCAUGGCAAUGCAAGUUGGGUUGUCGUCAUGUAACAAGGCUUGUAUGUUUGCAUUGUGUGAGGUGAGGGUGAACUGAAAGCUGUUUGUGAUUUGCAACGGUUAAUGUACUCUGUCAGUGUAUCGUUGUACUUAUCUUGUGA